ACAAUGUGGUAAUCGAACACUUAUCACAUGGCAAUGUGCUAAUACUCCAAAAAUAGAUUCUUUAUGCCUAAAAGUCCAAGUAUUUAAGUCUUGAAAACUGUUCUGGUAAACAGAAACCUUCUUAACUGUUGUGCAUUUUGUAUUUAUGGCCGUUCGCGCUCAAUUCGAGAACAACAACGAAGUUGGUGUGUUUUCGAAAUUGACUAAUUCGUACUGUCUCGUUGGUAUUGGUGCUUCACAGAGUUUCUACAGUGUCUUCGAGGGAGAGUUAUCUGACGUCAUACCAGUGGUCAGAACGUCAGUUGCUGGUUGCAGAAUUAUUGGACGAUUGACUGUUGGUAAUCGUCAUGGAUUACUUGUUCCUAACACAACAACAGAUCAGGAACUUCAACAUAUUCGAAAUUCCCUGCCAGAUAGUGUAAAGAUACAAAGAGUUGAGGAAAGACUUUCAGCUCUUGGUAAUGUCAUUGCAUGCAAUGAUUAUGUUGCUCUUGUACAUCCAGAUCUAGAUAGGGAAACUGAGGAGAUUCUGGCAGAUAAUUUAAAAGUUGAAGUAUUUCGUCAGACUGUUGCAGGAAAUGUGUUAACUGGUAGUUAUUGUGCUAUAACAAAUCAAGGUGGUCUGGUUCAUCCGCACACAUCUAUAGAAGACCAAGAUGAGCUUUCAUCUCUAUUGCAAGUACCCCUUGUGGCUGGUACUGUAAAUCGAGGCAGUGAAGUAAUUGGUGCUGGGAUGGUGGUAAAUGAUUGGUGUGCUUUCUGUGGUCUGGAUACAACAAGUACCGAACUUUCUGUUAUAGAAAGUGUUUUUAAAAUUGGUGAUGCACAACCCUCAAAUAUUGGGACUACAAUGAGAGAUUCUUUGAUUGAAAGCAUGAACUGACAAAUUGUUACUGAUGCAAAUAAAUAGACAGAGCUAGUAGGUAUGACAAUGCUGAGCUGUGUAAUUAUAUAAGGACACAAACUUAAUUUCUUACAAUGUAAAAUAAAACUUAACAAUUUA